CUGAUUUUUUUGUUACCGGUGUGGCAAUGUUUUGCAAAUGACUUUAAACAUGGCGACCUUCAUGAUAGAGGCGUGAAACGCACCAUCCCAUUCUUAAAAAUUGUUUAUUUGAUUAAUUUCUAUACGCAAUAUGGGCUUAGUCAGACACGUGGUGUGUGCCAUGUCUGGAGGGGUUGACAGUUCGGUCAGUGCGUUGUUACUUAAAAGAAUGGGCUAUCACGUGACUGGAGUGUUUAUGAAGAACUGGGAUUCUCAUGAUGAGAAAGGGGUCUGUUCCUCAGAGACUGAUUGUGAAGAUGCUUAUAAAGUGUGUAAGAUGCUAGACAUGCCUUUCCACCAGGUGUCAUAUGUUAAAGAAUAUUGGCAUGAAGUGUUCAGUAAUCUGCUUAAGGAAUAUGAGAGCGGCAGAACACCCAAUCCAGACAUAUUGUGUAACAAACACAUCAAGUUCAAGCACUUUUAUCAGUAUGCUGUUAACACUUUAGGUGCUGACGCCAUGGCGACAGGACACUAUGCACGGACAUCCCAAGAAGACAAGGAGGUUUUUCAACAGAAGUACGCUCCACCCGGUCGAACCCUUUUCAGAGAUCGAUUUGAAAUCAGAAAACCGGUACGGCUAUAUCAGGGAGCUGAUCUCUUAAAGGACCAAACAUUCUUCCUAAGUCAGAUCUCCCAGGAUGCUUUGCGACGCACAUUAUUCCCCUUGUCUGGACUAACCAAAGACUUUGUAAAGAAGAUAGCAGCUGAGGCCGGAUUUCAGCAUGUUUUAAAGAAGAAAGAGAGCAUGGGAAUCUGUUUCAUUGGAGAAAGAAACUUUGAGCAGUUUAUCCUUGAGUAUUUAGAGCCCAAACCUGGAAAUUAUGUCUCUAUUGAAGAUGGAAAGAUAAUGGGGCAGCAUAAAGGUUGGUUCACAUUAACACUGGGGCAGAGAGCUAGAAUAGGAGGGCAAAAAGACCCUUGGUUUGUGGUUGAUAAAGACAUCACAACUAGUGAGGUAUUUGUGGCACCAACAACUAACCACCCAGCACUGUUACGAGACACAUUAAAAACAGACCGAUUCCACUGGAUAGCCGAAGAGCCACCUGUUGAACUUAUUCGCACUCAAAUGAUGGAAUGUCACUUCCGUUAUAAUAACCGGAUGCCUUUAACUCCAUGCACUGUGACUUUAAAUCUAGAUGGGUCAGUGUGGAUAAUUGCUAAACAGCCAAUGAGAGCAAUGACACCUGGUCAGUUUGCUGUGUUGUAUAAAGGAGAUGAGUGUUUAGGCAGUGGUAAGAUUAUUCUUCUAGGACCUACAAAAUUCACUCUUCAGAGAGGUCAAAACUGCAUGAACUGUACAUCUAAAGACACAAGUCAUCAUAAGCUGGAGCCAAUCAGCUGAGACCUAUCUGUGUCAUAUUGAAACACUUCCGGUGGGGAACUACUAAAUAACACCAAGAUCUUUACAGGCCUGUGCUGUUCAAAAACAAACCUGUCCAACGUCUAAGACUGUAGAAAUGCAAAGGCCUUGAUUGUUUCUGCUAAAAUACGGAAGCAUUGGAUGUUUUCUGUUAUUUUUUUACUAUAAUUUUUUUUUAAUAUAAAAGAAAUUUUACGGAUUUGUAAAUGUUUGUUAAUUUGUUGUAAAAAAAAAAAAAAGAUUUGUAUUUCUGCUGUCUUUUGAGACAAAGACUGGUUUAGACCAGUGGUUUUCAAACUGGGGGCCGCGAGAUGGUGCCAGGGGGGCCCCAGUUUUAUGGCAUUUUAUGAAAUACAUUAAUUUAUCAUGAAUUCUGUGUAAUUAAACCUAAAAAAAUAAGGCUACUAACCAAAAGCACUACUUUUUGUAUAAUUUAAUGUUUUUUUUUUGUUUGUUUUUUUAAAUGUUGAGUUUUAGAACAGUUUUUUGUCACAAAUUUUGUUUGGGGGGCCGCGCAGGAAUGCACCGUGCACAAAGGGGGCCACACGCUGAAAAAGUUUGGGAACCACUGGUUUAGACGGUCAGUUGUCAGUAGAGGGCGUGCGCCCGUCAUUUAUGUCUUCUGAGACGCACAAAAUCUGUGCGCUUUAUAUCGUACUGUUGUAAUACAAUUUUUAAUGUACAUUUUAGCACAGAAUAUGUUAGGGUAUAAUAAAGUAAAGUAUAAUACUAAGAUAAUUUAAUGUAAUUAAAAAAAAACUAAUGCAAUAUAGAAUUGGCCUUCUUUGCUUAUAGUCUCUGAAUAAUUUAGCCGUUUAAAUUUACUUUAUGGUAGUUUUAUACAGAUUGCAUUAGUUUGCGGAUUUCACG